GGGCAAGGCAGAGAAAGGGAAAAUAGAGAGAAAGCAGGGAUUUUUCCUCCGAGAGGAUUUCGGGAAAACAAAUCCUUUCAGAUCGCUGUUUGUGCAGACAGACGUGUCCCUCAUGCAUAAAAAGACAGGACUCCUCCUGCUCACCUGAAAGAGCAGUGUACAGACAGACUGACUGGAGGGCGGGCAGGUAAUCCUACACAGAGGCGCGGAGCCGGAAGAACAAGCAGGUCUACUUGUCCUGAUAGCACUUUUCCAAUAGUAACUCCAGGUGUUUCUUAGACUGCAACUCUGCCCUCUGCUUUCUUUAAAAAAACACGAUUUAUUUAUGAAAGUGAAGCGGCAUCGGAGUAAACAUGACAGAGCAAAGAAAGAAGCUGAUUCUGAUCGGGGUGGAUGUUCUUUGUGUCUUUUUCGCGGCUUUGCCCUCAGCCAUCCUGACGCUGAUGUUCAGUCCAUACCAAAGAGGAAUCUACUGCAAUGAUGAGAGCAUCAGCUAUCCAUACAGGAGAGACACCAUCUCCCAUGGAACCAUGGCUGCCGUUACCAUCAUCUGCUCCAUCGUCAUUAUCACCACUGGAGAAGCCUAUCUUGUGCACACAAAGCGUCUGCGCUCAAACUCCCAGUUCAACCAGUACCUGUCAGCUCUUUAUAAGGUGGUGGGCACCUUCGUGUUUGGAGGAGCCGUCAGCCAAUCACUGACCGACCUGGCCAAGUUCACCAUAGGUCGUCCCCGUCCGAACUUCUUAGCUGUGUGCGCCCCAGUCACCUGCAAUGGAUACAUGCUGCAGAUCAACUGCACAGGCAACCAUCGCAAUGUGACUGAAUCCAGGUUAUCGUUCUACUCUGGCCACUCAUCCUUUGGGAUGUACUGCAUGCUCUUUCUGUCGCUUUACAUCCAAGCCCGGAUGCAGGGCAAGUGGACACGACUGGUUCGACCAACCAUACAGUUCUUCCUGGUGGCGUUUUCUCUGUAUGUCGGAUAUACGCGCGUGUCUGACUACAAACAUCACUGGAGUGAUGUACUGCUGGGGCUACUGCAGGGAGCUCUCAUCGCCGUGCUCACUGUCCGAUAUGUGUCUGACUUCUUCAAGGAGCGCUCCCCUCUCAGCACACAACAAGACACAGCUGAGAGUGAACACCUUGAACGCAAACCAAGCCAGCAGCCUCCCGACUCGCAGCACGGAAACCACUACAAUUACUCUGGACCUGUAUGAGCUCUAUGCAGCAGCAGCUACUUUUACCAUCCUGGGCCUACACUCUAACAGCAAACCAAAAGGACCUGUGACUUGUACAGAAAAACAAAACAACCUGCAGUAACCACUACCUGGAAAUCCAGACUAGACCUGCUCCACUCUGCCGGCUUCCAAAAAAAUUGUACAGCCAUAAAAACUCCAAGAGAUUCCCAAAACCUGUUGGAACAGAAGCUCCAUCGUCUGUGUCUUUUAGUAAGGGUGUGUGUGUUCAUGAAAAUGUGUGAUUGAUUUGCAGCGUGUUUGUGUACAAGCGUACACAAGUGUGCAAUGCCGUGUGUGUGUGUGUGUGUGUAUAUGUGUAUAUGUAUAUGUGUGUGUAUAUGUGUAU